AGAACGUCUCGCGCCGUAAUUUUCGAAAUCAUUGCACCGGCUAAAAGAAACGAUGUUUAGCCCAAGAACCCCAUCAAACCGGGCUAGGUCAUCACCGUACACGCCUUCAGGAGUAAAUCCUCGGUCCCAGAAUAGAAGAGUGUCAAAUCUUUUCACACCCAAAGGAAGACAAACGUCCUUUACACAAAAAGCCCAUUCCAACAGAUCUCUUCAGACCUCCCAGCUGAUUGAGGAGACAGAGGGGUACAGAAUCGAGGGGUUUGGGACUCCUCUCCCUGUCCUCAUCACUGAAGCCCUAGCGCUGGCAGACAAACAUACAGAGAUAACAGUGAAGGUUGACCCCUCAGGAUGGGCGUGGCUUGUAGGGGGGAGGAAGCUAUUUGUCUGGAGGUACAAGGGAGGACAGAGUGCUAGGACCAUAUUCUGUAAAGAAUUGACCUUACCACCAAGUGACCUUGCACACAAUGCUGACCGAGUCUGUGUCAUCCCCAGCCAUACGGACAAACAGUCCGCUUCCUGUAUCGCUGUGUCACCAGAGGGCGUCGUCAGAUACUGGCCGAACAUCGCCUACGAAGGUUCCUCCACAGAAAUCAGUGCAGAGCUCAGAGGAGAUGAGUGUGCUAGUGUCGUUAACUUUGAGCCGUUUGGAUGCCUGCUGGCCACCACCACAAGUUCCCUUGUUCUCCUGUCUCCAGUGUCAGGCCAGAAUACGUUGACCUGCCAUGCUCUGAAGGGAUCACAAGGAAUGUUUUCAGGAAUCGGGAGACGAAUGUCAUCCUUCAUAUUCGGGGCGUCUACCUUACAACCAUCAGGAGCACCAUUGCAGGCUGUUGUGUGUGGGAAAUGUGAGGAUGAAGAUGAGCGGCCAUUUUAUGUUUUAUCUGGGACACAGUUCCAGAAAUGGGUCAUCUCUCAGCCCGUCAUAGAAAAGCUUUUCUAUCAGAUUGAUGUAGAGAGGAUGUUUAGAGAGUUCCUGUCCAAAAAAGUUUGGAACCAGGACUCACGACAGCUGACGCAGCUGAAGACCUGGUUGUUGGACAUGCAGCCCACACAACAGGGGGUUGUGUUUCUUGGUGCAGGUGUCAAUAUGGAUGUCGACCUGACUGUACACUUUGGACUGGCUUUCUUGGAUACGGAUAUAAAUGGAACUCCGAGUGAAUUAGAGAGCUUGAUGAUUCUGGAAUAUAAGGACACAUACUCGGAUGAUUUUGAGUACAGUCUUCAGAAAUAUAAACUGUUGUUAGCUGAUCCUACAACAACCACAGCCUACAUCUACAACAGGGACCAGAUUCUGUUUGUACCAGGUCCCUCCAAUGAAGUUGUUAAUCUACAACAACCAGGGGGUCACAUCCUGGGGGCAGGAUCUUGUGAUGGAGUCGGAGUUUUCUUCUCGGGAAGUGUGGGACUUUUUUCCAUCAGUGCUCCGCAGAAGCAGGAAGUCAGUAUUAUGGAGGAGCUGUCACAAGACCUCACCACAAUGGACAUGUCAGUUUUGACGGCCAGCCAUGCUAAAAUGCAGGAGUUGUCAAUGAGUGAAGACAGAACAGCACGACUCAAGUCCGCAUUUAUUGCCACCAUGAGGGGCAACAUUGCAGCGGCUCAGUCAACCAUUGAUGAGUUAUUUCCCCUUGAUGAGGUGUCCACAGAUUUAGAUCAGAUAGUUGUUUCCCUUGACAAAGAUCUAGUGGAUGAUUUUCCAGCCUCGGAUCCACGGUGGGCGGAGUCUAGACAAGAUGCCACGAGCAGCACCACUUCACUAAUUAUCAUCAAUCAGCUGACUGAUAAACUCCGCGCUCAUGAGUACGUCAUCAACUUCCUCAAAAAGAUGAAUCUCUGGGAACAGUUGAGUCUAGUAAUGGUACAGGACAAACGUAUGCUGACAAGACAUGUAAUGUGUGAACAUGCAGAAAAACUACAGGCAGCCAUAGCACUACGCCAAUUACAUGGGGAAUUUACUGGUAUAGUGGAUGCAGCCAUUAAAAAAGUGUUGGAGUUGAGACGAGAUGUGAACAUUUCCCUAAAUCUGACCCCACAGGACUUAUUUUACAGAGAGGUGUCUCGGAUACAGGAAGUGGUCGAGUGUUUGUUGGCGUAUCAGGAGGAAGUUCUCAUGGCUGACGUCACAGUAACGGAAAUUCUCACGGUCAUUACGUCAGUCAACACAAUUUUACAGGAAAUGUUACACAAAGCCGUACAGUAUCGUCAAACCAAAUCCUCAAUUUACGAAUGUGAGGCUCCACAAGGGGACGUACCAGAAUACAAACCAUGGACAUCGACAGGUGGAGAUCAUGGCAUCAGGACAUUCCUUGUUAAACAGUUCAGUAAGACCAUUGAGGUCGUGAUUCCUGAAGUCCGAGAUCCCGAGGGUCAAGAAAGAAUUUACCAACAGCUGGCAGCCAUUGCUGAUAUUGUUUUAGAUGGUUACGUCAGUCAGCUAGAGUCCCUAGAAAAUAAUGUCAGUAGACAACAGCACUUCAAUGAACUACAGCGACGGUACGAACAGGACAGACAACAACUGAUUAUGCCACUGAUGGAGGGGAAGCAGUACGAGUUAGUGGCGUCCCUAGCGGAGAAAUAUUGUGACUUUGAAAUCCUGAUCCAGCUGUGUGAGUUAUCGGACAACACAGACAGGAUAGAGAAAUAUCUACAUCAGUUCUCUGACAAGGGUUUUGCAAAUUUCCUGUAUACAUGGUACAUGAAAGAAGGUAAGAGAGGAAAGCUCCUGGCUUUACCAGUUAGUCAACAGAGAGAACUUGGGAGAUUUUUACAAAAAGAGGACAUUAAAUCUCUUAGCUGGCUCCAUAAUAUACAGACCAACAACUUCUCUAAGGCCCAUACCACUCUUUUAGAGUUGGGCAAAAUGGAGCAGGGCUCUCUGGCAAAGAAAAAGACAUUAUUGAGUCUGAGUAAAUUGGCCGGACUUGCAGCUGACCCAGAUAAUGGAGAAAUAGAUAGCAACAUACUAGACAUCAAUGAAGAACAAGAGCUGAUUGCCCAUCAGCAGCAGUUACCUGCCCUUGUCAUAGAGAACCUUGGUAUGGAGCCAAAUAAUAUGAGAGUUCUCUCCCCUGUGCAACUGAUAGAGUUGUACAUCUCAGGAACAAAUAUUGAUGCCACAGAAUAUGAUUUCAAGAAAGCUCUGGAUCUCUUACAAUACAUAGACAAGACUGACCCAUCAAUAGACUAUGAAAGCCUAAGGAUGCAUAUUUGGGCACAGUCUAUUCUUAGAGAUAGCUGGCAACAAGAUGAUUCUGUGGAUGUUAUGGAGACAAUCAUGAAUACUGUGUUCUUCAAAACAGUGGACCUGGCUUACAAAGAAGGAAUGGAUGUAAAGACAUUUAUGCCAGAACUGAGGGCAAUUUUAAAUUGUGAUGAACUUGGAGAACUUAAAGAUAAUGCUGGAUUUCAGUAUUUGAUACAAGCUGGAUAUGAACAUAUUGGACAAGUGUUAUGAUUUAUGUAGAGUGGAGUCAGUACUGGAUAUGAACAUAUUGGACAAGUGUUAUAAUUUAUGUAGAGUGGAGUCAGUACUGGAUAUGAACAUAU